AUGGCUGUUGUGCUGAAACCAGCUUCCCUUCAAGAAGAACCUCCACAUGUUACCCAACACAAGUUCGUGUGCCUCAUGCACAGUGCGCGCCUCCCAGCGUGGAGCGUUUCUCAUGCUGCCGUCUCUAAGGACACAGGCUGCGGUUUGCGCUCCGCUCCAAUCUCCCUGACGCCCGUCGGCCCGGCCCGUCUCUCCCUGUUUAUCCCUAACGGAGAGGACCCCCGGGUGCGUUGUGCAAGCCUGCCCUCUGCUGGACGCGAAGGAAAGUCCGCCGGGCAAGCCAGACGUCACGCCGAGAGCCGCUCUAAGAGGCAGCGGGCGCUUCGGGAGGCGUGCAGCCGCGUUCCAGGGGAUCUCAUCUCAGGCUGCAGAGUGUAG